CAAAGCCUCCGAAGUCAGUGUGCUGGCCUCGCCUCCUUUGUCCGCGGGUGGCAGAUCCAUUUAGUUUGCAUAGAUCUUUAAAAGCGCUUUUUUUUUUUUUUAUGACAUUCGGACACACUCACACAGAUCUGCUGUGAUCCACCAUUCAUCCUAAAGCCCAUUGACACCAUGGAAAUAGUUCCAGCCAUUAGACUUUGUAAUGUUAUAAUGAAGCCCACACAUAAACCAUGUUUAUCUACGUAGCAUCAAAUCUACAUAAAACAAUUGCACUUGUAUAUAUUUUUAUUGUAUUCCAUUGCUAUUUAUUUACACACACAUUACCUCAUAGUAUUUAAUUUUUUCCUGUUUUUUUUUUUAAAAUAAAACUACUCUUAAGAAUGGAUUCUACUACAUUAGCAGCCUUUGCCACAGUCACAACUGUAGCACUCGCUACACAGUCUGACAUGUCAGGCUACCUAUGGCUGUUGAUAUUGGGCUUCAUCAUUGCAUUUGUCCUGGCAUUUUCUGUUGGAGCCAAUGAUGUGGCCAACUCCUUUGGUACAGCAGUGGGCUCAGGUGUAGUCACCCUGAAACAGGCCUGUAUCCUGGCCACCAUCUUUGAGACUGUGGGCUCAGUGCUGCUGGGGGCCAAAGUCAGUGAGACCAUCCGAAAGGGUAUUAUAGAUGUCCAAAUGUACAAUGGCUCUGAACAUGUGUUGAUGGCAGGAUCUAUAAGUGCUAUGUUUGGCUCGGCUGUGUGGCAGCUGACUGCAUCUUUCCUGAAGCUCCCCAUCUCUGGAACACACUGCAUUGUUGGAGCCACAAUUGGCUUCUCCAUGGUGGCCAGAGGUCACCAAGGGGUCAAAUGGAUGGAGCUGCUCCGAAUAGUGGCAUCCUGGUUCCUGUCCCCUGUACUUUCAGGCAUUAUGUCAGCCAUACUCUUCUAUUUUGUUCGUAAAUUCAUUUUGAAUAAAGAGGAUCCUGUUCCCAAUGGCCUCAGAGCCCUGCCUAUCUUCUAUGCAAUCACUAUGGGUGUUAACCUCUUCUCUAUCAUGUUUACCGGAGCACCACUGCUGGGUUUUGACAGAGUGCCAUGGUGGGGGACCCCUUGUAUUUCACUGGGCUGUGCCAUUGUUACAGCUCUCAUAGUUUGGUUUGCGGUGUGUCCACGGCUCAAGAAGAAAAUAAGACGAGAAACAGCAGCUGCUCCUUGUGAGACUCCGCUGAUGGAGAAGAGCCCCAGUAAACCAAUGGCAUUUCCAUCAGUUCCCAAAGCACCUCCCCCCAAAACACCACCAGCCGAGAGCGAGAAAGUAUCAUUCAAACUAGGAGGCUCUGAAGAGACAGAUUUGGAUCAUACUGACGUGGAGCCUAAGGAUUCAGAUAUCAGCAGUGGGCUGAAUGGCUCCCUUGGGCCCAUGAUGCUCACUGACCCUCACAGUGGUCGCUCUCACACCAUCAGCAAAGACUCUGGCCUGUAUAAAGACCUGCUCCACAAACUGCACAAGGCCAAAGUGGGAGAGUGCAUUGGGGAUAGUGACACAGAGGAGAGGCCUAUCCGCAGAAAUAACAGCUACACCUCCUACACUAUGGCUCUUUAUGGCAUUCAGGACGACCCCAAGUACAGGGAUGCAGUGGAUGGGAGUUUUAAGAGAAGAUCCAGGGUGGACAGUUACAGUAGCUACACCUCGUCAGUGACCACAGGCAGUGUUGGUCCAGAUGUGGCUGUGGACACGGGGAAAGAGCCCACGGAGGAGGAGGAUGAGCUGGAGAUAGACCAACCCGCUGUUUCACUAUUGUUCCAGUUUCUGCAAGUGCUAACGGCUUGCUUUGGAUCAUUUGCUCAUGGAGGGAAUGAUGUCAGCAAUGCAAUUGGACCACUGGUUGCGCUGUGGCUUCUCUAUGAGAGUGGUUCAGUGUUGUCUAAUAGUCCCACUCCUGUUUGGCUGCUGUUAUAUGGAGCAGUAGGAAUCUGCACUGGACUUUGGAUUUGGGGCCGAGUCAUUCAGACUUUGGGAAAGGACCUGACCCCAAUUACACCUUCAAGUGGUUUCAGCAUUGAACUAGCCUCGGCUUUAACUGUUGUUUUGGCAUCAAAUAUUGGUCUUCCUGUAAGCACAACCCAUUGCAAGGUGGGAUCCGUGGUAGCUGUGGGAUGGCUGCGCUCCAGGAAGUCAGUGGACUGGCAUCUUUUCAGGAAUAUUUUUAUUGCGUGGUUUGUUACUGUUCCCAUUUCUGGACUUAUCAGUGCCGCCAUAAUGGCCCUGUUCAUAUACAUUAUCCUGUGAAAAUUUGUUUGUUUGUCACUGUAAUUUGAAUGACUCAUUUAUGACAAGUCAUAAAUUAUAUGUAUUGACUGAUUUUUUAAAAAUCUUGUAUAUGGAACUUUAUUUUAGUUUUCACAUGAUAUAACAAUUUGCCAUUUAAAGUAUUAUAUUUGAUAAUUUUGCAAUGAUUUUGUACAUAUUUUGUAAUGAAAAGAUAAAAUGGUUAUUUUAUGAUUUCACUAUAUUUUAAUUUGAAAGUAUUUUAUAUUUUACACUUUUUUUUCCCUCUAAGGUGGCAAUUAGCAAAUGGACUGUGAUACCUGGAUUUGAAAAAUAAACUGUUUGGGGUCCAAAUGCAUGUUAUUACUGAUUAUAACUAACGGCCACUGGAGGGUGGUGUUGUUUAAGUUAUGACCACCUCAUCUCCUUUGCCCAUUGUUUUUAUAACAAAAAUAUAGAUAUAAUUAUUGCCAUUAAACCAUAAAAAACAAACAAACAAAGAAACCCGAGUUAUGGAGAGAAAAAAAGUUAAUAUUCUGUAUAUAUGUUGUUUUGUCAAUGGCAAUAAAGUGAUUUAAGGGCACGUAAAUCUAGCUUAGAGAGCCAUGUAUAAUGUCUAAUGAAUAAUGUAUAUCGUUCUUUAUACAGUCUGUGGUCUCCCCUUUAUCUUUUAUUAAGCCAAGCCAAGUAUUAGUGAUGGACAGUAGGUGGUGCUGGUGUUCGAUUGAUUUUAUUUUAUUUAAAUUUUUUUUCAAACAAUUACCCUGGAAAACAUUCAGAAAAUAUAUACUUUAAGAUAUAUAAUGUUAUUUCAAAUAAACAAUUAGUACUUUUAUUUGCUUAUUUAACAA